CUGCUCUUUGCGAAGUGCGGGAACCGGGAGGGCUUGCCCGGCAGCUGCAGGCGCAGCCCUUGCCCCGUGUGGUCGUUCUUCUGUUUGCGUAUGAAGCUGGUGACCUUGUCCUCGGUCGCCUCGACGUCUCCCACUCGCACUCAUCCGCCCUUCGCACACCGAAGAACUGGAGGAGGGGGAGGGCUGCAUUGCGGACGUUGGCGUGCGUGGCGACGGUUGGUGUGACGCGCCACCAAUGCCAUACCAGUGGUGGGAGAUACGCGGCUGGCAGCGGAACUGUGGGGUCGUAGUCGUUCCAGCACAUAUCGUUGCUAUGGGCCGUCAGGCCUCGCAGAAAAACGCUGCACUUGGUCGCUCGGAAGGGCGGCUCGGGGUAGCCCUUCAUGGUGUGCCAGAGGCGAAGGGCUGCGCGGACUUUGGGCAGCUUGUAUGCGUGGCCUGGCACCACUGUGGCGAUGGCAUAAAUAAUCUUCUCGGGUGAGUCAAGUGGGAAGAGUUGAGGGCACUUGUUGAACACCUCCGCUGCAAUUCGACCGUAUUCCUUCACUGUAGAGUCCGCGAGACCGGUUUGGAAGCCCCUCCUGGCCACGAGGGUGACUUGCUCCCCGUCUGCGGGGUCGAAUCCGAGGCUGCAUGGGCAUUGCAGGGCCGCUGCAAACGUAUCGGGCGACCUGGCGGUGCCAACGUCAACGACUACAUCGCCUGA